AUUUCAUUGGAGGCAACGAGAUCUGCAAGAAUACUUUUCUGUUUCUUAUGGGGUGAGUUUCCAUAAACAUCAAAGUUUGUCGUUUUGUGUUCAUUCUAAGAACACGUACACGUUAUCAAGUUUAGUCCAUGUUUUGACCUUCCCAUACCUACCUAUUGUUAUUAGCUAGCUCAGGACUGUCAUUUUAAUUGUAAUCGUUAGCAUCGUAUCACUUGCCAAAAACCCCCAUUACUAUAAUGGCCUUUUAGAUGGUAAUGUAAGCAUCUACUAUUAAUUUGAAUAAUGCUUCAAUUGCUUGAAUUGACUGGUGUGAAUGACUUAGCCCACGUAAACCUGCCUGUUAGCAUUCUUGAAUUGAAUGUGAUGCUAAUAAUUUUAGCCAGUGGUGGAGGAAGUGCUACUUAAUAUUCUUAACAAGGAUUUACUAACGUAAUAGUAAAUGUAUCAGAUUAAAUUCCUACUUAAGUAAAAGUAUAAAGUAUCCGUAGCCGUAAAAUGUGCAUUAUAAGUCAAAAGUAAAAGUAUUUAUGAAGAGUUUAAUGUACAGGAUUUUUUUUAAUCCUUUGACUCAAACCAGGUCUAACCACUAACUGAGGUCUAAACCAGGACUAAACCAAGACUAAACCAGGAAGUACAGAUACAGACUCUAAAAUGUAGUGAAGUAAAAGUAAAAAGUAUUCAUCAUAAAAUUUACUUCAGUAAAGUAAAAGUACCUAUAAUUUGUACAAUACAUUCUGAUAUAGGUGACAAGAUGCCUGUUAGCAUGAUGUUAAACGUUUUUUUCUUCUUUUUUUUUUCUUUUUUCAGCAUUGGCAGAGACAUCCUAACUGAUAAAGUCAAACACUAUGAGGAGAAUGGGGCAAGACCACGUUCGAGUAAGAAGCACUCACUGCCACGUCCACCAGCCAGGUUCAUCAGCCCUGAGGAUAUCAACAGAGUUGUGGACUUCAUAAAAAACUAUGCAGAAGACAAUGCCAUCAUGCUGCCUGGCCAACAGCCAGCUCAUGUGUCCAAGGCCUCAGUGUGGCGUCUCUACGUGAAGUCUGCUAAGGAGCUUGGUGAGCGUGCAGUUUGUAAAACCAGCUUCAAAGCAUUGUGGAACCGACUUCUCCCACACAUCAAAAGUUGCCGGCCGCACACAGAUCUCUGCUGGCAGUGCCAAAGCAAUAACGAGCAGCUGAUACGAAGUGCAAACCUCCCAGAUGAUAGAAAGUCUGAAGCAGUAAAGAAGCAACAAGAUCAUCUUUCCCUUGUGCAGAAAGAGAGGGCUGUGUACAACGACAUGACUGCUGCCUGCAGAAAGAUUUGCUCUGGCUCUAACCUGUCUUUUGGACCGUCCCUACCAGCAAGCAAGAAGAUCAGGAUGCAUUACAGUUUUGAUUUUGCUCAGCAGUUACACUUUCCCUCAAACCCUCUACAGCCAGGACCCCACGGAAAUGCCUAUUUGGUGUUUCCUGUGAAGGGCUGCAGAAACAGGUGAAUUACCUGAUUGAUGAAGGCAUGUCAUCUGCUAAGGGAAGCAAUGAAGUCAUCAGCUACAUGCAUCAUUUCUUCGGCAACUUUGGAGUUGGAGAAACAGAGGUGGAUCUUCAUUGUGACAACUGCAGUGGGCAGAACAAGAACAACUUCAUGCUCUGGUACCUUGCCUGGCAGGUUGGACACAAGCUUCAUGAUAAAAUUGAAAUCCACUUCCUUAUUG